UUUUUUUUCAGUGAUUUGGAAUUGUCUACACUUGCUGAAAGAUUACUAGAUACUCGCAUUUCUGAUACCGAUUUACCUCAAGAUAAAUCCAUUAGAGAUGCUUCAAUAAACUACAUCAUGUUAUCAAAGAAAAUGGCUAAAAAAAAUCUGAAUGAAGAUAAAGUUAGUGCUUUACAUCAGUGGCAUAAAAAUCACAAAGUUAUUACUACAAAAGUUUCUAAGAAGAGUGCAAUUGUUGUAAAUAGUGAUAUUUCUAAAGAUGAAACAUUUUAUCGAGUAAUUUCACCAAAUAAGCAAAGCACGCCAUAUUUACAUACUACUCCUAAAAAAGCUAUUAGUUCAAUACCUCGUAAAAGUUUGUUUACUCUCACGAGCAAUAUGAGUAACGGACAUUUAGAAACAAGUCAGGCUAACAUAACUGUUGUAGAAGAAGCUGAAGAAAAAGAUGUAAUAGGAAAUAAAAAUUCAUUAGGUUCUCAGGUUCAUAGUGAAGUAUUGAAAACUUCAGAGUCCAACUAUUCCCGUUCUUCAUUAGAUUCUAAUAUGAAAAAUAAUUUAGCUGCUUCUAUUGCAAAAGUGGUAGAUGCAAAUAAAAUUGAUGGAAUUCAUAACUCGGGAAAUAUUUUAGUAGAUUUGACCAUUCCAGGUUCUAGCACUCAACACAACACUUCUGUGGCUGGUACACUCACCAAGGAACCAAUUCCAACUCCAGCAUUUUUCAAAGGGGUUCCAUCAGAAAAUCAGGUUAGAGUGAGGGAAAAUGUCAUUUCUACAUCUUGGGGUGCUCAAACACCUAUAUUUAGUCAGAUGUAUGUCUCCCCAUCAAACAUUUCUACCAGUGUUAAAACUACAUUAACAAGCUCUAAGUCUAUUUUCUCUGGGUCUUUAAGUACAGUUGGAUCAACAACGAGUUCUACUCAUCCUAUAAGUUCCUUUUCUUUCAAUUUGAGUGGAAGUCAACCUCAAUCAUCAGCAAAGCCAAUAUUUUCUCAAACGAAUCCACUCGAUUUUUCGAGUAAUCAGAAAGGUUCUCUCAUCAGCUCUAUAUCAGGAGAAAAGGAAUUUAAUGAGCCUGUUGUAACUACUGUUUCAGCAAUUCACAAUACACCUACUAUGAAAUCAAUCACUUCUAAAACUGUUUUUGGUAUUGCCACCGUAGCAGGGAACUCUACAGUUUAUAGUCCUUCCGUUUCUAAUGUGUCUCCAGUUAAUCCUAUUACCACAUCUACAAUACAACUGAAUUUACCACUUUCAGUUUCUAGUGCAAAUCGGUUCAGUGAUCUUCAUAGCUCAUUGACUAUUACACCAAUACCAGCUAAUAGUUCGAUUGGAGCAAAUUUUACUUUAGGAUCCCCAAGUUCUACUUCAGUUGCUACUGGUACAUCCUCAGUUUCUUCUGUUGUUUCAAUUCAAUCUAAACCCAAAAGUACAACUUCAUAUUCAGCAAAUUUAUUUUCUGUUCCAGUUUCUACGUCUGUUGCAUCUACAAAUCAACUUCCAGUUAGUUCACAGCCUCAAACUGUUUCCGAAACUAACCCGGGUAAUGUUGAAAUAAAUCUUUCUCUUAAGUCAAGCGUACCUUCUUGGACUGGUGUUUCCUCAUUAGUCAGUUCUGGCACUCUUACAACUUCAUCCUCCACUACUUCUGCUUCUAUAUUUGGUGGAACUUCAGUAUUUGGUUCAUUGAAAACUCCUGUGGUUUCAUCUCAAUCAACUUUAGGUGGCACUCCAAUAUUCGCUUCAUCGGCUCCAACUUCAAGGGUUUUCAAUUCUACGUCUGCAACAACUAAUACUAAUAUUUUUGGACCUGCUGUGGCUGCUGCCACUACUUCUUCUAUCUUUGGAUCUACUAGCACAACAUCUACUAAUUCAUCUGUUUCUUCUGCCACUACUACAUCAGAAUCAGCUGUUGUUACUACCACUGAGUCCACUUCAUCAUCCACUACAUCAAGUUUUGCAAAUCUACCUGCUACUUCAAGUCCAGCAUCUAUAUUUGGUACUUCUACAACCACAGUGCCAACUCCAGCUAAAUCAGUAUUUGGCUUUUCUACUUCUGCCUCCUCUGUUUUCCCCACUACAACUUCUACAUCUUCCUUAUUUGGGAGUAGUACUAAUAAUACAACAACUGCAACUUCAGCUUCAGCUUUCUCAACAACUCCUGCUACUACAACAACUACAUUUGGGGAAGAAAAAAUUACACCCUCCGUAUUUGGAAGUAUGCCUAAAACAACUGCAUCAAUUUUUGGAACAGCUACAACUUCAUCUUCAUUUUUUGGUAAUAGUUCUGUUUUUGGAGCAACGACCACAACUGUAUCAUCAGUUUUUGGAAGAUCAAAUACAACAACUGCAUCUUCAGUUUUUGGAGAACCAACUAUUACAACUUCUUCAUCAGUGUUUGGAGGAGCAUCUACAACUACUACUGCGUCAUCAGUUUUUGGAGGAGCUGGGACUACAACCAGUUCUUCCCUUUUCGCUACUACAGGCACUACAUCAACAUCUCUUUUUGGAGCCACCACUACUACAUCAUCAGUUUUUGGAGCAGCAAGCACCACAACUACUUCAUCAGUCUUUGGUACAACAAGCAGUUCAACAACUCCUUCCGUUUUUGGAUCUUCAAAUACUACAACUACAUCAUCACUUUUUGGAACUCCUAGUGCCACUUCUACUUCUUCAGUUUUUGGGACUCCUAGUACUACUUCAGUUUUUGGAACUCCUACUCCUAUUACUACUUCUACUACUUCAGUUUUUGGAACUCCUACUCCUAGUACUACUUCUACAACUUCAGUUUUUGGAACUCCUACUCCUAGUACUACUUCUACAACUUCAGUUUUUGGAACUCCUAUUCCUAGUACUACUUCUACUGCUUCAGUUUUUGGAACUCCUAGUACAACUUCUACUGCUUCAGUUUUUGGAAAUCCUAGUACCACUUCUACUACUUCAGUUUUUGGAACUCCAAGUACCACAACUACUACUUCAGUUUUUGGAACUCCUAGUACAACUAGUUCCUCUAUUUUUGGGUCAUCUAAUGUUACAACAUCCUCAUCUGUUUUUGGCACUGCUAACACAUCUUCAUCAGGUUUCGGUUCACAAAGUAAUCAGGGAAGUUCAAUCUUUGGAGCAGCAGCUGCUCUUUCAUCUACUUCUUUUUUUGGAUCUCCUACUACAACAAGCUCUUCCUUUGGAAAUCAGUCAGCUGCUUCUAUUUUUGGUGGAAGCUCCAGCUUUGGCACUCCUUCAACUACUAAUUCAUUUUUUGGUAAACCAGUAUGUAGUCCGACAUCUACUACCGCUAGUGUUUUUGGUUCAACUACCAAUGUUUUUGGAACUACAACUACAACAUCUACAAGUUCAAUUUUUGGAGGAAAUGGUUUCCAACAGAAGUCAUCUCCUUUUGGCCAAACUCCAGGCAAUGUAUUUGGACAAACACCUUCAUCUGGUGGUAAUUUUGGAACAAGUGGUGGAUCCUUAUUUGGAGGUACACCGAGUUUUGGAAGUCCUUCAGCUCAAGGAAAUAUAUUUCAACCAAGUGGAACUGGCAACAUAUUUGGUGCAGCAGCUAACACUAGCCCAUUCAGCGGAACACCUCAAGCAAGCAGUCAGCCAACAUUUGGAUCCCCACCUUCCUUUCAAUCAGCACAAAGACCUUUUGGCACAGCAGCUCCUGUUUUUGGUGGGCAGUCAACAUUUGGUGCUAGUCCCACAUUUGGAGGAUCCCCAACAUUUGGUUCACCAGGUGGUCAAACCUUUGGUAGCCCUGGUCAACAUUCUUCUACUUUUGAAAAUCUUGCCAAUCAAGAAACUUUAUCAUUUGGUAACCUGGCACAACAGCAGGCAUUUCCUACCACUUCCUUUGGAGGAAGUUCUUUUAGCAGUUGGAGAUCAUGACGUACCUAAUGACGGUCCUAAUAAAGUAGAGAAUAACAAUAAGAUAAAUGAAUAUAAUGUAAAAAGUGAAUGUUAUAUAUAUAACAAUUUUAGAUACUCAUUUACUCGUCUCUUUAUUUUUUUUUAUAUGAGUGUUUUUUCAUGUUGUACAUUUGUUUGA